ACUUUCCUCUCAGUAUUUCUUCCCUUCAUGCUCCAUUAGACUUUUUUCUGAGUACUUAGAAGAGAACACUCGCACACACUCGAAGCCGACUGAGAAUGACCGAAGAAGCGCAAGAUAGCGAGACUGUGAAGAACGACGCGCACGAUAACAUGGAGUCCCAAAUUAAGGGUGCCAUGCACUCUCGCAUUUCUCACUUCAAAGAACAAGCCGAUUCUUUGACUCUUGAGGGGGUUCGGAGAUUGUUAGAGAAGGACCUCGGGGUAGAGACAUAUGCUCUGGAUGUGUAUAAGAAAUUUAUAAAGCAAUGUUUGGCGGAGUGCAUGAAUGUUGCUGGUGACAACAAUGCCUCAAAUACUUCUGGGGAAACUGCUAAACCAAAUGUUUGUUCAACAAAAGGAGGAGAAGGAGAAAAAUCGCCUGAAAGUCGUCAGUCAACAAAAGAUGUAAAGGAACCUUGCUCCGAAGAUGCAGAGAAAAUGGAAGACUCUCCUGUAUUGGGCCUUCUGACCGGAAAUAAAACACCUAAAUCUGAAGCUGAGGAAACUCAAGGCCAUGAUAAAGAACCUCCAAGUGAGAGCGCAAUAAAGAUAGCCAUCAGAAAAAGAGCUGCUUACAUCAAAGCUAAUUCUGAGACAAUUACAAUGGCUGGACUUCGUCGAUUGUUGGAGGAAGAUUUUAAACUUGAUAAAUAUGCUCUUGAUCCAUAUAAGAAGUUGAUUAGUGAGAAAUUAGAUGAGGUACUGAGAUCCGAUGAAGUUUUGAAACCUUCAACUGUGGAAAAGAAGAAAAACCUCAAGAACAAUUCUCAUAACAAAGCAUCGAAAAAGGUCACUAGUCAAGGAAGUUCUGAUUCAUCAGAAAGUGAGACCAGAGAGGAAGAAGAUGAUGUAAAACCCAGAAAGAAAAUUGUUUCAAAAGGAAAGUUGCAGAAUUCUGAAGGGCUUAAAAAACGGAAAAGACUGGAAAAGGAAACCAAGGUAUCUGGCAAGAAGCAUAUCAAGGCUACAAAAACAGUGUCAAAGGAUAAUAGUGAUGCAGAAGAGAGUGAGAUUGUGUCUGAAGAUGAUCCAUCACAAUCAUCUGCUGAGAAACCUGUGAAGAAAAAAGAAGUUUCAACUCCAGCAUACGGGAAACGCGUAGAGCAUCUAAAAACAGUAAUCAAAUCAUGUGGGAUGAGUGUUCCUCCCUCAAUUUACAAGAAGGUCAAGCAGGUUCCUGAGAAUAAACGUGAAACUCAACUAAUAAAGGAAUUGGAGGACAUACUUUCUAGGGAAGGACUGUCUUCAAAUCCUUCUGAAAAAGAAAUCAAGGAAGUCAAAAAGAGAAAGGAAAGAGCAAGAGAACUUGAAGGCAUUGACAUGAGUAACAUUGUGACAAGUUCACGAAGAAGGUCCACAACCAGUUUCAUACCUCCACCAAAGCCCAAAAUACCAGAGGUAAGCGAUAGUAGUGAUACUGAACACAGCAACAAUGAUGGUGAUGAUGACAGUGACAAUGAUGAUGAUGACAAUAAUGAUGGCGGUGAUCACGGUAGCAAGAGUGAAGAAGGAAAUGAGGUUGCAGAGGAGGCCGAGGACAGUGAUUAAAUAUUGCGUGCGGUAGGAGUUGGUAGAUGAUUGAUGAGAGGAGCUUCAAUUUUUUAUGGAGAAUAAUGAUGUAUCAUGUAUUAAUCCUUUUAAUUUGAUUUUACUUUGUACUGGGUGUGGCAACAUGCGACCUUUGAUGGAGAACCUGUUGACACCUUUGCCUAUUAGGAAUUUUAGACUAUAGUCAAUUUAGUAAUUUUUAAGGCUAUCUUCCCUAUAGAAGGUAGAGUAGAUUUAAGCGUAGAUUGUUGUAUGUUAACAUUUCAGUCAUGACUUAUAUUUAGUUAUAAAUGUAUAAAAGACGUCGAGGCCCUCUUGAAUGUUCUUCCUAUAAUAUGAAAUACUUGUUUAUUUUGGUUUCUA